UGAACGAAGAUCGCAAAGGAUAAUAUUUUUGUCCAGCGUAUGUGCCCUAACUCCAUUGCAGAGGGUCUGUUCUGUUCCUUGUUCUCCUCUUCUCUUCAAUUCAGCGUCUCAGUUUCAACAGAGCAUCAACAGCGAGAAACAAAGAAAGGAACCAAACCUCGAAAGAGAAGAGAACAUAAGAGAUGAAGUUUCGGUACGCGAUGGUGUGUUCUUCGAACCAGAACAGGAGCAUGGAGGCUCAUUCCCUGCUCAAGAAGCAGGGCUUCGAAGUGUCUUCUUACGGCACUGGUGCCCACGUGAAGCUCCCGGGUCCCUCGCUCAGGGAGCCCAAUGUCUACGAAUUCGGAACCCCCUACAAGUAUAUGUACGAUGACCUACGUAGAAAAGACUCUGAACUCUAUAGACGAAAUGGAAUCUUGGCAAUGCUUAAAAGAAAUGCAACAGUCAAGUUGGCACCUCAACGGUGGCAGGAAAAUGCUGUUGAUGGCGUCUUUGACGUGGUAUUGACAUUUGAAGAAAAAGUGUUUGAUAUGGUUAUUGAAGAUCUCCAUAAUAGAGAUCAAGUUUUAUUGAAAGCUGUGCUGGUAAUCAACUUAGAGGUAAAAGAUAACCACGACGAAGCAGCUGUGGGAGCUAAGCAUACUUUGGAUCUAUGUCAGGAGAUCGAAAAAGCAGAAUCAUGGGAGGAAUCAAUUGACGAAAUUAUUGCUGGUUUUGAGAAUAAGUAUAGGAGGAAACUUUUGUACAGUGUCUCCUUCUACUAGAAUAUUGCAGGCUCCCUAGAAAAAGAACUGUUACACUAAUGAAUAUUUAAUUAAGCAUACCAUGAACACCAUUUUUGUAAAUUUGACAACUGAUCUCAUUUCAAAUGAAAACAGAUGUAUU